AGCCACUAGGGGGCGAUGUCGCACUGACAUUUGAGUGCUCACGCCGUUGAUGGAGACAGUCCUGGUUUUAACGCCUUAACAUUCCUGUAACCUUGUAUAUCAUUGACCUGCUUUUAUUUAAAGCAUGUUACGGACACUGUGUCAGGCCGGCGGCGCCGUCUUUAAGAACUCCCAGCGGACGGUACCCAGACUGUGGCCGACUCCAGUCCAACAACGAUGGGCCUCCCGCUUACCCAUGAACACUGUGGUGCUGUUUGUGCCGCAGCAGGAGGCCUGGGUGGUCCAGAGGAUGGGUCGAUUUCACCGCAUCUUGGAGCCGGGACUGAACUUCCUCAUUCCCAUACUCGACCAAGUUCGUUAUGUGCAAAGCCUGAAAGAGAUUGUUAUUGACAUUCCAGAGCAGUCGGCUGUGUCCCAAGAUAACGUGACUCUGCAAAUUGACGGAGUCCUUUUUUUGAGAAUCUUAGAUCCUUUUAAGGCCAGUUAUGGCGUCGAGGAUCCAGAAUAUGCUGUGACUCAACUCGCUCAAACCACAAUGCGUUCAGAACUGGGCAAACUCACGCUGGAUAAAGUAUUCAGGGAAAGGGAGUCUCUUAACUCCAACAUGGUCCACUCCAUCAACCAGGCGUCCGACGAUUGGGGAAUCCGCUGCCUGCGUUAUGAAAUCAAAGAUAUCCAAGUUCCUCCUCGCGUUAAAGACUCAAUGCAGAUGCAGGUGGAGGCCGAGCGCAAGAAGAGAGCCACAGUGCUGGAGUCCGAAGGGACGCGAGAAGCAGACAUCAACAUCGCAGAGGGUCGCAAACAAUCCCAAAUCCUCGCCUCGGAGGGAGAGAAGGCCGAGCAGAUAAACAAAGCAGCCGGUGAGGCCCAAGCUGUGUUAGCCAAAGCAGAAGCCAAAUCCAAGGCCAUUCGUUUGCUGUCGGAUGCUCUGGCUGAACAGAACGGAAGUGCGGCGGCCUCCCUGAGUGUUGCCGAACAGUACGUCUCCGCCUUCUCCAACCUCGCCAAAGAGUCCAACACUGUGCUUCUGCCCUCCAACACCGGUGACGUCAGUGGAAUGGUCACACAGGCCAUGAGCAUUUACAGCAGGCUGGCUCAACCGAGGCCAAAGGUUGAGAGCGUGAAGCUGGAGAAGGAGUGAAGAGCCUCAACCCGCUGUUUUGAUGUGCUCUAUCUUCGGCGCACAGGAUGUCGUUGACAGAGGGAACGCUGGGGAAAGAGAAACAUCACUUGUGUGCUGCAUUUCCUUUCAAUGGAUGUGCAAUUAUGUAGUAAAUCAAAUAUAUUUUUGAAAGAA